AUGAAAUAUUUUCACAAGAUAAACCUCAGACACUCCAGAGAAAUUACUCUACGACAGCUGGGAAAUAUGGCAAAAACACCUAUUAGGUUGAAAGACAUUGGAGGAUGUAAUGGAAAGAAUGAUGUCAUAUUCAUUCAUUCUGCUACUGCGACAAAAAAUGUUAUUUAUUUUGGAGGUGACAUACAGAAUUAUCCUGAAGAAAUGCCAAAAAGAGGAGAAAUCAAGAGUUACAGAGAAUGGAAUUUAGAAAACACGGCCACAUUGUUACAUAAACAUUUUGAGGAUAGUAACAUAUUUAUUGUAAAACCUAGCCGUAUGCAUUUACGAACAUUUAGUGUCUUUGAAAACUUUGUGCCUUCUAAUGAUUUUGGAUCUCCAGACCAUAUCGCGGAUUAUGGAGGGUUAAAACAUUUAAUAUGUUUGAUUAUGAACUGUUUUAAGGAAUUGAAGGAGCGAAUAACAACUGGAAAAUCAAGUGCAAUAGGAAAUGGUAGUGAAGAGAACAAAAAUAAAUCAUGCUUGAAAGAGAAAGAACUCUUGCCUUUAGUUCUAACAGGAUUCAGCAAAGGUUGUGUUGUGCUUAACCAAUUUCUCUAUGAGUUGGAAUUAGCAAAGUUGAACCCUUCUUUCAGUGAUUUUGUAAAGCAGAUUGAGUCAAUGUAUUGGUUGGAUGGAGGGCACUCGGGUGGGUCGAAUACAUGGAUAAAUGAUGACAAAGUACUUCGAAGUCUGAAAGAUACAGAAAUUAAAAUCCAUGUACAUGUUACUCCUUACCAAGUUAAAGAUAUGAACAGACCAUGGAUUGGCCAAGAGAAAAAGAAGUUUGUUUCAAAGUUGAAAAGGCUAGGAAUUACAGUCACAGAUACUCUGCAUUUUGAUGAUGAAGAAGUGUCUUUGGACAAUCAUUUUAGAGUCUUGGAGUCAUUUUAA